CUUUGCCAAUGCAUUGAACAAAAAAUAAUUCAGUCGAAGCCAUCCAUUGUCUUUCUUGCUUACUACACUUCACUUUCCCUCUUCAUUUAAUUUCUACUUUUUUAUACAAAUAAUGGAAUACUUUGAAAAGAUUAAGGCAAAGUUUGAGCGUCUGAGUACCUCUGGGAACGACAGACCCGGCAACGCUUCCUCAUCAUCGGCGGGUAAGCACCAAGCCAGCAACCAGCCGUACCCAGGAGCAGGCAGCCAAUCCAAGCAUCACUAUAGUCAAAAGCAGCAGCAGCAAGAGUCGCCAUAUUCGCAACUGCCUCCUGACCGCGCUUUCCCGACUGCCCAACACCAACCCAACAACAACUACGAGCAGGGACUUGGUCCUGGCGGCUUUUUUGCUCCGCCGCCGCCGCCUCCAUCUCGGAUGCAGUUCCCCUUUGGUGGUGACGCCGGUCGCUAUGGCGGCCCCAACAGCCCGUUCCCUGGCCAAGCGGCAUACCCACCCUAUCCGCCGCAAGGACAGAGUCAGGGUCCAUACCUGCCUCAAGGCCAGGACCAGGCCCCCUAUCCGCCCUCCACCCAGAGCACCUAUCCACCACAGGACCAGGGCCAGGGCCAUGCUCUUUAUCCACCCAAAAAUGACAGCAGCUAUCCCCCGUCAUUUGCGCAAGCCCCCUAUCCACCAGUGGGUGCACCUCAGCAAGGACCACCUGGAACUGGGGAGCAUCCAAGCAAGCUGCCCGGUGCCGACAAAGUUGAGCCCACAAAGACGCAAGACGGCCAAGGGGCACCACGUGGAGAUGAUGGCACUGGUAAUGGCCUUCACACUCUGGCCCCCUCUGAGAUUCCGCCAGAUGUGCGCCUGCCAGUCGAACAAGGCAAUGUGUAUCCCUCGGCCGCAGACAGCCAAAGAAUGCACGGCGCGACACUUGCGGGCGCUGUUUCCGGUGCUAGUGCCAGUAGCAGUAGCGGCAAGCAGAUGGAGUUUCUAAAUAUUACAAACAAUGAGAUGGUGCACCAGCGCUUUUUGAUUGUAUGUGGACAGGUGCCGGGGGUUAAGGGCGACCAGGACAAAAUUGUCGUGCACCACCCGUACUUCCCGCCGUUGACUUUCCCAGCAAUCGACGGCUACUUUAAGGUUCUGGUUGAGCUGGAGAGCGGCGAAAACAGCCUAAAAUUUGACUACCUCCAGGGCGAUGACCGCCUGUCCCAGGGAGAGCUCAGCAUCAAGAUGACCCCAUAUAUGGACAAGCCGCCGCUGCGUCUUGCCAUUUUAGUUGGCAGCGAUUCCAAGGGCAUAUUUGACGCUCCUCCCGACGCUCGUGGCCCCGGUGUCAACGACCUUGAUGCGGCUGUGCGCAAGUUCAGAUGCUGCGCGUAUCUGUGGCAAGCAUAUAUAUCCGAGCAGCUGUACCGAAACGGAUUUGGCCGCCGUACGUUUCGCCUAGAGGAGACCUACGAACCUGACACCAUGGCGCGCGACAAUAUGAGGCGCAUGACGGCGCGAGUCCAUGUUGUAAGGUCCAAAUACACGGUUGCCGAGAUCCAGGACAAGGAGCGGGCACAGCAGUGGAAGGAGCCGCAUGGGUAUAAGCGGCACACUGACGAGUCUCAGUUCAGCGUGGCUAUAGAUGCUAUAAAAGGAUAUGACGACAUCCCUAAGGGCGAUGGCUGUUAUGUGGCGUGCCUCACCGCAGAUUCUCGCUGGGACCCCGAGCUUGGGGUUAUUCUGGGACACGCUGCCCUUGGAGGCGGCACCUCUGACCUUCGCCUGGGCGUGUUUGGUUCCCACACCACUCACUCAUGGCCAGCCAACGCUGAGGAAGUGGCGACAAAGUUCCUUGACACGACCAAAACCGAUACGCGCUAUCUGGCCAACGACUGCAACGAGUGCGGCGAGUACUGGCGCUCCGCCAAUAUUGGCAUGGGAGCGUUUCUGCACGAGUGUGGCCACCUUCUGACGCUUGCGCACACGCCAUCGGGUAUCAUGUCUCGUGGGUUCAAUGAUUAUAACCGCACGUUCAUGGCCCACGCGCCCAACUUCAAGGGCCCGGUCAAGCAGCAAGACGAGGCCGGCUCGCACUGGCACCGCACCGAUAUCAUUCGCUUGCGCCAUCACCCAUGCCUGCGCCUGCCAACUGACCCGCCACUGCGCGAGAACGAGCGUGCCGAGAGCGGAUUCAACCUUUUGCCCGUUGAAAAUGGCCUGACCGUCCAGAAUACCAACGGUAUUACCAUGAUUGAGGUCUGGGUCAAUAACAAGUACCGCAACCACCGCGAGUAUACUGCCGAGAAUCUCGACAGCCGUCGCUCUGGGCAAAUUCCCGCUGGUCCCGAUGAGAUGGCCGCCGAGUUCCCACAAAGCAUCCUUGUGGACAUUAGCACAUGGCGUGAGUGGGCAGGCGGGUGGUCCAAUUCGGACAAGAUCCAUCUCGUACUGACCUCACGCGCGACGGCUACCGACCAAACGGACUCUGAUAUCACUAUCAUCAAGGGAAGCUCUCGCAAGGACGGCAACGGCAAUACUGUGUUUAGUGCGGGCCAACUCGGCAAGGGCCAGAUGGGAGGCUCUGAGAAAUUUGAGGCCUGGUUUACAAGCAAUGCCGCGCACUCCUCUGAGCUAAAGCUGCGCAGCAUUGAGAUCCGGUCGGGCAACUAUAUUGACGGCGUCAUUUUCCACAUGACCAACGGAUCCCAGCAGCAGGUCGGCAAGUGUCAGGGCGGCGGGACGCACAUUUUGCACAUCGAUAAUGAUGACGAUUUGGACUAUGUGCUUGUCAACUCUGGCUGGUGGAUUGACGGCCUGGAGUUUGUCACUCGCAAUGGCAAACGCAGCGGCUGGAAGGGCGGCAAGGGCGGGAGCACACAUGUGCUCAAGCCACCAACUGGAUAUAGCUGGGCAGGGCUUUCUGGAAGCGGUGCUGGCUGGCUUGACUCACUCACCAUGCACUACUCUAAAAGCCGGUAAGCAAGUAUAGUUUGACUCUUUUUUCUUAUGCACGCCCCAUGUUUCCACAUUUCUUUUUUUAGUGUGUAGCAGUUUAAUUUACGUAUUUUCUCUCUCAACCCAAUGGCGCAGUGAGCAGCAUUGUGCCUUGCAUGUCGACUUUAAAUGAUUGAACGGAAAUAUCGUUCAAAGUGGUUUUGAAAUAUAAUCAAAAUAA